AUGGUGUUGAUGUAUCGAGGUUUCAAGGCCCUCGGAGCCGUUGGAUUUGCUGGAGCCGGAUGGACCAUGUGGAACAGACGUCAAUUGAAAAAUGACCCAAAGCUUGUGGUUUCCUACGAGGAAUUGCAGAAGCACAACAAGGUCGAGGAUUGUUGGAUUGCAAUCAACGAAAACGUCUACGAUGUGACCCAAUUCAUUCAGAACCACCCUGGAGGUGUUGCUCAGAUCUUCAGAUAUGCUGGAAAGGAUGCCACCAAGGGCUUUUUGUCGAUGCAUCCUUUGCAACACAUUGAAACGCAUCUGGGUGGAUUCCACGUUGGAGAGAUCAACGAUUUACCAACCAAAAAGAAGCAAAAAAAGAGCACAGCAACAAAGAAACAAAAGUUUGCUAAGUUCGAUUUCGAAGAGGAGGAGAAACUCGAGCCAAAGUAUCUUGCGCCUCCUCUAUCUCAGAUAUUCUCGUUGUCAGAUUUCGAGGCCGUUGCCAAGAAGAUCCUUUCUCCGAUUACCUGGGCAUAUAUUUCCACCGGAGCAAGUGACGAGUUUACACUGAGAGAGAACCGCUAUGCGCUGGGUCGGAUCUUUUUCCGUCCAAGAUGUCUGUUGGACGUCUCCAACACUACCAUUGACACCGACAUUUUAGGUGUUCAUAGCGAAGCUCCAUUUUAUAUUGGCUCGUUUGCAGGCUCGCAUUUAGUUCAGCCAGAAGCAGAGUCUGUUCUGACUGGAGCUGCUGGGAAGGAGAAGAUUGUUCAUAUCAUUCCAAAACACGGUGCUGUUGGACUGGAGAAAUUGCUCUCAGAUACCGUUCUGCCAGGCCAAAGUGUAUUCUACCAGCACGACUUCUACACCAGAAAAGACAUCGAGGACGCCCCAGCAUACUUCAAGCGUAUUGAGGCUACUAUGCCGCAGGUUAAGGCUAUAUUUAUUAACGUUGAUAUUGCGACUGUUGGAAACAGAGAGAAAGACUACCGGUCGAGAAGAGUUCACGGUGGAGAAAUUGCUGAUGAGCUUGACAAUCUCGUUUCUGACGCUGUGCAAUAUGCCAAUCCUACAUGGGAGGAUUUCAAAACAUUCAAGGCAAGCACCAAUCUGCCUAUUAUUAUCAAGGGACUGCAACGGAAGGAGGACGUGAUUAAGGCUGCGGAACUGGGUUUCCGCGGAGCCCUGAUUUCUAACCAUGGUGGACGUCAACUGGACUUUUCAACACCAACCAUCGAGACUCUGGUGCAGGUGCACAAGACUCUGAAGGAGAAGAAGAUCGACAGAACUCAGUUCCAGGUGUUUGUGGAAGGAGGGUUCCGCCGUGGAUCUGACGUGAUCAAGGCGCUGUGUUUGGGAGCCAUUCCAGGGUUUGGUCGUGGUAUGCUGUACAGUGAGGUUUACGGCCAGGACGGAGUGGAAAAAGCCAUCCAGCUGCUCAAGAAAGAGAUCACCAGAGACAUGAUGCUAUUGGGAGCCAGUAGCGUGGAUCAGCUGGACGAUUCUUUCUUGGACACUGCCAGUGUUGGGGUUAAGCUUGGAAUCCCAGAUGUCCAAUAUGAUAGAAACUAUACACAAAUCGUCGAUCUCGCCCUCUGCACCAAAGUCGCCCGUCCAGCCGUGCUUUCUCAAAUAGGUAAAGUAUCUUAUGUCCUCAAGCAUGAGAUCAUCUUCUCUGAUGUGAGGGAUGCAGAUGAAUGCAAUGAUCACACCGGUCAAACCCAGAAGAGCAGCAAUGAUGAAAGUCCAUGGUUUACCAAGGUUCUUCUGGAUAGGAGUAAAAGCUUGGGUUCCGACGGCGGCACCUGCCUUACCAACAGCGGCAGAGAGUCCGUACAGAGUCGAACGCACUGGGGUAGCAUAACUCUCGGCAGAAGCGAGUCCCAAAAUGUUACCUGGACCAAGGUUACCGAAGCCGUUGAAGAUACCGUAGAAAAUGAUAAACAACGGCACAAUCUUGGAGAUUUUCUUGUACGCACAUCCAAUGAUGAGACCAAUCACAAGGUAUCCACUGAAACCAAUGCACAUGGUAUACUUUCUUCCAAUCUUGUCGGUGAGCCAAGCUCCCACGAGCAGCAUUGGAAUUGGGAUGAUAGCCAGAAGCAAGUUCCAUUCGGCAACCUUUUCGAGGUCCUUGGUGUCGGACAACACAGACGAGAUGAUGGUGGAGGAGAAGAUACCAUUAGGGAAGGUGACGAAAUCGUAGAUGAACCAACAACCGCACGUUCCAAUCAGUCUAAUCCAGUAGAAUUUGAAAGUGAGCCAGUAUGGAACGUUCUUCCUGAUAGCUCCUUUCUUGUAGAGCACGGAGGUAGCCAUCUUGAAUCUGAAGUAGAAAACGGCGAGCGGCCAAAUACAGCCAAUACCCAGCAUGACUCUCCAUGUAGUUGA